CCGAGCCUUCCCAACCCACCGUACUCGACUACCUUCUCCCCCUUUGCCAUCAUGCGCUCUCCCUCCUUCAACCUCACCAUUUCCACCACCCCCUUGUCCCCAUCCGCCUUCGAGCCUUUCGGAGAAGUCAUCCAAAACCCGGCAACGCACGAUGAAGUCGACGGGAACGGCCAAUGGCGUCUCCAACACCAACUCGCCAAUCAGGGAACAGCAACAAAAUGGGUAGAUGUCACGCAUUUGAACAAUCACUAUGAGAAGGCCUGGAGUAAAAAGCCGGCGAAGGCGGUGGUGAAUCUGUUUGUUUGUAAGCCCCGUGUGCUGACCAAGGACGACAAUGGGAGGGAGGUGUUCCAGGUGGGAAUCAUGGAACGACACCCGUACACGCCUCAGACAUUUGUUCCGUUGGGGGUAGGGAAAGAGGAUGGAGGCAAUACGAGGUAUUUGGUCAUUGUAGCUCCUACAUUGCCUGCUACUCUACGGGCAAAGGAAGAAAGGGCGGAUAAGCCAUAUCCUGUGGAUGUACCACGUGCGAGAAAGAGAAGUCUGAAGGAGAGACUCCUUGGUGCGAGACCGAAUCCAUUUACGAAUGAUUAUGUUCCCGCUACCAAGCCGACUUCUUCCACCACCCUUCCGUCCUCUCAACGACCGAAGGGCUCUGGUCUUCCCGAUCUGAAGAACAUUCGUGCUUUUAUUGCGAGAGGUGACCAAGCUUUGACAUAUGGACCAGGUACUUGGCAUGCUCCCAUGGUAGUACUCGGUGAAAAGUCCGUCGAGUUCGUUGUCGUGCAAUAUGCAAAUGGUGUGGGAGACGAAGACUGCCAAGAGUGUGAACUUGACGCGGUGGAUGGUGAUGGGAUUGUUGUUGAUGUUGGCCGAGUGGAUGAAGUGGCGCAAGCAACGGAUGCGUGUAAACCGGGUUAUAUGAGAGCGAAGUUGUGAAAGGGUGAGUAGCCGUUUUGGAGAAGAACGUUGAGCUUCCUUGGUCUUUCGAGUCACUCCUUCCAAUCGUAGGGGAAACAAUCCCCAAUAUAACGGCUUUUGAGCGGAACAGUCGCAAGCGAGGGGUCUUCUUCCAUGUAGCCUCGGAUCUUUCGAAGGAUGAUGCCAGAUGCACUGGCCCACCGCUUCAUCCGGCUCUUCUGUUGGAAGGAG